UCAGAUUUAACACCAUCUAAGCUGACCCUCUGCGUUCUAUCGGUGAGCCAUGAUUUUAUCCAAUUUAACACUUUCCCAUCCCCUGGAGGUCAGGGCUGUCGGAAUUUCCGACUCUUGUUUAUCGAACACGGUGAUUGUGUACUUCGGUACUUCGUCUGCUAAUCGGUAAAUUGAUGACGUAGUCGGUAAGCCGUGACGUCACUGCUGCGACAGUCGAUAAAUUUCCGACUUUAGGAAAUAUACUUUUUCAUGGCUAAAAUACCAUAUAGAAUAUACAUAAAUAAAUUUUAGAUGUAUUUAAUUACCUUACCUACAUUUUACGAGCGAUAUUUUAGCAGAAUUAUAUUCUGCUGAGUCACACACGAAGCGAUAUCGAGAGUCGAGACAAGGAAGCCAACGGUCUGUUCCAAUGUGAUCUCAUUUAACACUCUGAAUGGUGUAUAAUGCAGUGUUUAUUAUUCAGAAAUUUAUAAAAUUAAUGACAGGAACAAUGAAAUUCACCGAGUAUGAGGACUACUCUAAUAUAAUUACUGUAUCUGGGAUCUUCGUUAUCCCUCACCACACAUUAUAUUAUAGAAAAUAGUAAUUACGUCAUGGACUCACAACCAAUCACAACGCGAGCAGUUGAACCAAUCAGCGUGUUCGGUAAACAAUAUUCGGAAAUUGCGACAGCCCAGCUGGAGGUCAACCAGUGAAGAUGUCGGGUUCCAUAGAAGAGCAGGAGGACAAAAGGUUCCUUUUGGAAUGCAUAGAGCUAUAUCGUUCACUCCCAGCGCUGUGGAAGAAAAAAAGAGAUGACUUCAGUGACAUCAAUAAGAAGAAGGAAGCUUAUGACAUAUUACUUCGAAAGUAUCAAGAGAAAUACCCACUAGCCACCAACGAUGACGUGAAGAAGAAAUUCAAUACAUUAUGCAGAAAGUUUAGGAAGGAAAUGAAGAAAGUGUCUAAGUCUAAGGAAUCUGGUUCUGGUAUUGAAGAAGUUUAUGAACCAAAGCUUUGGUAUUUUGAUGAAAUGCUCUUCCUCCAAGAUCAAGAAACACAGUCGACAUUUCCGAACACCAUUGAGAACUUCGUAGAGGAG